AUGCCAAACGGAGGAGUUGCGUUGGGUCCUAGCGAUGAGAUCUCGCGGCCCUCCAGUCCAGCCAAGCUCGUCCCGUCGAACAACGGGUCCGAUGCGGCUCUGAUACAACCGCCAACAAUCAAGGACGAGAUCUCGUCUUCUGCUGCUGCUGUAUCCGACGAUGAAGCGGCCCCAUCACCAAAACCAGAGAUUACCUAUCUCCAUGGAACGAGAUUCUACCUUCUCACGCUGGUCUUGUGGAUAUGCAUAUUUUUUGCCAACAUUGAAAGCUCCAUCGUGAGCACCUCGCUGGUGACCAUCACCAAUGGCUUCAACGGCUUUUCGCAGGCCGACUGGAUUGUCUCGGCUUAUCAGAUCACCUAUACAUGCUUUUUGGUCAUCUGGGCCAAAAUUGGCGACAUCUUCGGACGCAAGCGUGCUCUUUUGGGCGCUUUGGUCCUUUUUGCUGUGUUUUCUGGAGGCUGCGGUGCCGCGCAGACAAUGAAUCAGCUAAUCAUAUUGCGCUCCUUCCAGGGCCUCGGGGCGUCUGGAGCGUUUUCUGUGUCCAGCGUCAUGCUAUACGAGAUGGUUCCCAAAGAGAAACUGCCCAUGUACGGCGCACUCGCCUUUACCAUUGUUGCACUGGCGACUGUCAUCGGGCCGCUCAUGGGCGGCGCUAUCGAUAACAAUACCACGUGGAGGUGGAUAUUUUUGAUCAAUGUCCCUAGUCUUGUUGUUGCCAUAAUCCUGGCUUAUAUUGUUAUGCCCGCCAAUUUUCCUCACCAUGGGAAACCAGUCUCAUUGGAAUUAAACUCCAGACCCAUGAAUCCCCCCUCGCCAAGCCCAUUUUUCUCCUUGGCCAAAAAGAUUGAUGUCAUUGGCGCAGUUUUCUUGCUUGCCGGUGCAUUUCUACUCCUGACCGCGUUGCUGGAAGCAUCGGUCAAUUUUCGCUGGUCUUCUGCGACUAUCAUCACCCUGCUUGUCAUUUCCGGGGUCGCAUGGAUUGCAUUCUUUGCAUGGGAGUGGUAUCUCAGCCGCUCCAGCCUCGCUCAAGAGCCGAUUUUUUCCUGGCGGUUUGUCCAAAAUCCCAUUUGGAUGGGAAUGCUUGUGAGCGCCUUUUGUCUCGGCGUGCCAAUGGCUACAUUGAGCAUCAUUCUCCCCCAGCGUUUCCAAGCCGUCAAUGGCGACUCACCUCUAGAAGCCGGCAUCCAUUUCCUGCCGCUGACCAUUGCGCUCCCCGUGGGCUCUUUUGUUGGUAACAUCAUCUUCGCCGUGCUUCCCAAGGUCCCACCUAGCGUUUUCCUUUUGGCAGGCUCGGCUGUGGAGCUCAUUGGAGCUGGACUCUUGAUCACCCUCCCAUCAUCUGCAUCAGACUCUUUGCCCCAUUCCUUAUAUGGUUUCCAGAUCCUAACCGGGUUCGGCGCGGGAAUUGUUUUCAGCAUCCUAAUGAUGGUUACACCGCGAUGCGUCGAAGUGCGCGAUCUCGCCACCGCCUCAAGCUGUAUAGUCAUGUUCCGCAUGAUCGGCGGCGCCAUUGGCGUCGCUGUUUCUGGUAGCGUUGUCAACGGCCGCAUCACUGCUUCUGCUAUUAGUUCUGCGCUGUCUCCAGACCAAGUGCAUCGGCUGCUGGAGGACAUUUCUCAAAUAUCUACUCUGUCGCCAGCGCAACAGGUGAUUGUCCGCACUGCGCUGGCGCAGGCGUUUCAUACUUGUCUUAUUUUUGUGGCGGUUCUAGCUUGCGUGCAGCUGGUAUCGAUGUGCUCGAUUUGGAGACUGCCGUCUGCGGCCAAGACGAAAUGA